AAAGAUAUAUAGGCUAUGUGUUGUGAAUAUCGUUGGUUGAAUUUACAUUAAUGAAUAUAUUUUAUAAGUUAGCUAGAAAUAGUUGAUUAUAAAUUGAUUGGAUUGCAGUAAAUGCCGUAUUUAAACAAUCAAAAGCUGGAGAAUGGCCUUAAAUAAGGGACAAAGCAUUUUGAAUUCAGAACAAUAAUUGCAAUUGCAAAGCAUUUCGAAUUUGGUUUAAUGACUUGUCAGCAAGUAAUUGUUUAUGUGAUGAGACUUACAAGAGUAUAAGUAAAUGUUCAGUUAUGAGCCAUAGAUACAUCAAUAUGCGGGUGUAACGGGUGUUUUACGAUUCAACAAAAUUUGAUAUAUUAUGAUGACACGCAUAAAUUUACGUCACCUGACGCGUAAAUAAUUUCCGUGUGAGUGCAGAAGGAUUAAGCGCUUGUUGAAACUAUGACAUUAUCUAUUUUCUUAUCAUUUCAUUCCAUAUUUUUUAAAUCCUGCAAACAUUCUCAAUUGCAAUUGAUUACGAAGCAGCCCAGAUUAAAAAAAAACCAUUAAUGUUAAUGGUCUGAACACGCAGACACCGUAUCUUUUUUAUAACGGAGUUUCGCGUUUGGUGAAGCAGUCUAUUAAAAGCCACUUUAAAAUAUACAUCGGUCGAUAUCAAGUCAAAAGAGUAGUUGAUCGAAAUGACAAGUCAAUCUAUUGAAAAUAAAUUCAAAUUGCCAAAACGGUAUCAAGGCAGCACUCAAACUGUUUGGAAUGAAUACACUCAGCUUUUCUUUGAACAUCAACCAUUGAGUUUGGCGCACGGCUUCUAUGAUGAUCCAGUGCCAAAGCAUAUUACCGAUAUUUUGGCUGCAACAGCGCAAAAUACAGACUACACCCUUCAUCAUGAGACUAGAGACUUGGGACAUCCACGUUUGAUUCACGCGUUGUCAGCGCUGUAUUCAAAAUUAAUUGGUCGCCAGAUUGAUCCAUUCAAUGAAAUUCUUGUAACAGCGGGUGCAUACGAAGGACUUUAUGCGGCCAUUCAUAGCCAUAUCGAAGAAGGAGAUGAAUGUAUUGUUAUAGAACCAUCCUUUGAUUCAUAUGCACCGGUUGUGAAAAUGUGUGGCGGUGUUGUGCGUUACAUUCCACUUCGUUUGACAGCUCCUAGCAGCAGCAACAUAAUUAGCUCAAGAGAUUAUGUUCUCGAUGAUGCCGAACUUGAAGGUGUGUUCAAUAGCAAAACCAAAAUGAUCGUUAUCAAUCAACCUAAUAAUCCUUCGGGGAAGAUCUUUGACCGCGAAGAAUUGACAAAAAUCGCCAAUUUGUGCAAGAAAUUCAAUGUGCUCUGUGUAACAGAUGAAGUAUACGAAUGGCUGGUUUAUGAUGACAAUGAACACAUUCGCAUGUGUACACUUCCUGGAAUGUGGGAGCGUACAAUCACAAUUAGCUCGGUGGGAAAAUCGCUUGCAAUCACGGGAUGGAAAACGGGAUGGGUGUAUGCUCCACCAAAUUUAAUAUCGCGCGUUCAAGUCAUUCAUCAGCUAUGUGUUCGAAAUGUUUGUACACCACUUCAGGAAGCAUUGGCAAUUGUUUUGGAAAAUGAAUUGAAGCGCCUCGAUUCGGCCGAUUCAUAUUUCAACACAUUACGGUUGGAAUUGCAGGCAAAGCGAGAUUUCAUGGUGAAUCUACUUCGCGAAGUCGGGAUGAAGCCAGCUGUACCGCAGGGUGGAUACUUUAUACUUGCAGACUGGUCUAAUUUAGAAAACAAGGCUGAUUUGAAUAGUGAGUCUGACCCGCAAAAAGAUUAUCGCUUUACAAAAUGGAUGGUUAAAAAUAGCGGACUGAUGGCAAUACCAGCCACAGCCUUUUGUCACGGCAAUAAAACCGAAAUGGAAAAUUUCAUUCGAAUCUGUUUCGUUAAAAGCGAGAAAAAUCUACAAAAAGCAUCUGAUAUACUGAGAAAAUGGGUUAGCCAGUAGUGAUGAUUGAAAAGAAAUUAAGCAAUUGUUUACAUAAAAGUGAAUUGUUUUGUAUCGCUUUAAAUCAUAAUAAAAACACACAAUGGUUCAACUGUAAAAAAUCAAGGCCAAUUAUUGUCAUUAGGCAAUUC